CUCCUAGUGCCUUGUGCUGUCACCUUGCCUGGGUCACAUGAGAAGCUGCUGAGACCUCCAUUUUCUUCUCCUUUGUUCUGACCCUUUUAACCAGCUUCCAUGUCCUUUUUCUGUUCCUGCUUUAUCUUCCUUCCACAACCAAUCUACUUGCCUUCUGUGCACUGGAUGCACCUGUAAAGGUCUGUCCUGUUCUUAACCAUCGGCAUAUCUGUAUUUACAAUAGACCUGCUGUCAGUUCCAAUCACCUUCUCUUCCCACAGUGAUCUCGUUCUUUGUCCUCUGUGCUGUGCUUGGGAAGAUCUUCCUGUCAAUGCAAGUCCUUAUCCAUAUUUAUUUUCUGCCAAUAUGUGUUUUUUCAUACUUCCUGGUAAUCUCUGCAGUUUAAUGUCAGUUAUACAUCAAGGCUGCUAAUUUAUACAAACCUGCACAUCACUUAUGUGACCCCUUUGCCUGUCCUUGGUUGUCUCUCUGUCUGGUUAUCCACCUCUAAAAUCUGGUCAUAGCAUUUCAUGGUAAAUACAUAAACCAUGUUCUGUGAAAUGGCAUUUUUGUAGGAAUGAUGUGGCCAGCAGGAGCAGUGAAGGGAUUGUGUCUCUGGACUCAGCACCGAUGAGGCUGCACCUCAAAUCCUGGGUUCUGUUUUAGGCCCCUUGGUACAAGAAAGACUUUGAGGGGCUGGAGCGCAUCUGGAAAAGGGAACGGAGCUGCGGAAAGGUCUGGAGCCCAAGGAUCUUGGGAGGGGCUGAGGGCGCUGCAGCUGUUUAGCCUGGAGAAGAGGAGGCUGAGGGGAGACCUCAUCACUCUCUGCAACUCCCUGAAAGGAGGUUGUGGUGAGGUGGAUGCUGGUCCCUUCUCCCAAGUAACAAGCAAUAGGACAAGAGGAAAUGGCUUCAAGUUGUGCCAGGGGUGGUUUAGAUUGGAUAUUAAGAGAUAUUCUUUCACAGAAAGAGUUGUGAAGCCCUGGAAGAGGCUGCCCAGGGCAGUGGUGGAGUCUCCAUCCCUGGAGGAGUUCACAGAACAUGUGGCUGUAGCACUUUGGGAUGGGGCUCAGUUGGCACAGUGGGUUUGGGCUGACAGUUGGACUGGAUGAUCUGAGAGGUCUUUUCCAACCUCAGUGAUUCCAUGAUUCUAUGAUUUCAUCCAGUGAAGGAAACGUGCCAUCCUGACAACAAAGAUUUAAUAUAGUGGUAAAUAACUCGCGGCCAGUUUUAAAGCAGACAAAGAGACCAGCCUGUUGCCCCAAAGCUGGGUGUGCAGUGUCUGAUAGAUCCAUCUGUGAUCUGGAAAGGGGAUGAGCAGUGGAUUUCAUAAACCAAUCCUGCAUCUCCACAUACGUGUCUGAGAUUUAAAUUAACUGUAACCAUUCCAGAGGCUUAGAUGUGACCGUGGGCUCCCCUGUGCAUAGCAGCAGCCACGGGUGCUAAGGAUGAGAACUAUUUGCCUGGAUAAGAAACGGGGCAGAGAUAACUGAGCAAUUUUAAAUCCGUGGGUUGUACUUACUAGAUUUUCUGAUUUUGGUUGUCUGUGUGACAGUAAAAAGCGGGACAACUCAGGGGCAGUCAUAGCGGGGGCCUGUGGGACAUGGUGAGUGAGUGUUGGGGGAUUUAUGAUAUCUGAGGGUGGAGACUUGUCAGGAAAGCUGUGAAACGGCUGUCGCUGAAGGCUCUCUAGCACUGUUUAAGGAGGUGAACAUCUGUGAAAGAUGAUGGAGAUACUGAUGAUCCCUUUUUGAAACGGGAAGGACUGGAUGACCUCAAAGACUUGUGUUUCAGUAUAUUACAAAAAUUAUAUUUGUUUUAUUGGAAUGGGAAGAACAAAAAAACUCCCUGGAUCGAAUGGUGAUCCAUUUGAAAGGGAUAAACGUGAUUGUUUCUUCUAGCCAGUCACCACCUUACAGAGGUCACCUUUGGAAGCAGCAAGGUCAAUGAUGAUAUUAGGGUUGGAAAAAAUAGAACUUUGCUAAUGACAAAUACCCACUAAUUUUUGUAUUAUCAAAUACACUCUUGCCAGGGCAUAAAGCAGCUGACACUUGAAAGGCCGGGAAAAAGCCUCCUGAGCUGUUGAGUUUGGGCAGUUCAUUCUGCUCCUCUCACACAGUGUGGUCUGCGUGGUUCUGUGCUAGGACAUGGGCAGGGAACAGGCUGUGGAGCGGAGCUGCCCAUGUUAUUUCCUGUUGGGUUUAACAGGGAGAUGUUGAGUGAGUGUAGGGCAGAAUGGAGAAAUUAAGGGACCUUACCCCAGUGAAGAAUUGGAGUGGGAAGGCACCUGCAGAAGUCUGGUAGAGUGAAGGCAUUGCGCAGCAUUCAGCAUGGAAGUAAGCUGCCAGGAGAGGUGAAAGGUGUGCACGUUCCUGACUUCAGACUCAUUGCAGGCUGACAAACAGACAAAUGUUUGCCGUAAUUAAGAGAAGAGAAUUCUAUUACUUCCGGAUAGACUUUAGGAGAGGUUGAUGUGAUGUUUUGCAGAGGGGCUUGUGAAAAAAAAUGGAGGUACUUUCUGAGAAAACCUCAAUCUAGUGAUGAAUAGAGGUGUGCAGACAUAAUAGUCUGUGAGGAGUUUGAACUGCUCCUCUGCUGUUUGAAGGAGAAUUACUGUGGGCAUAUGAGAGCAGUCACACUGGAGCACUGAGCCCAGUGUCCCCGGCUGCAGGGAGUGGUGGGAGAUUGCAUGGAGGUGUAGGAACAAGGCACAAACCUCAUGAUGCUUCAUAGAAUCAUGGAAUCACAGAAUGGUCUGCAUUGGAAUGGACUACAAAGCCCAUAUAGUUCCAACCCCCUGCGAUGGGCAGGGACGCCUUCUACUGGAUCGAGGGGCUCCAAGCCCCAUCCGGCCUGGCCUUGAACACCUCCAGGGAUGGGGCAUUCUCUGGGCGGCUUGUACUGGUGCCUCACCACCCUCACAAUAAAGAAUUUCUUCAUAAUGUCUAAUCUAAAUCUCCUUCUUUUGGCUUAAAAACUGUUGCCUCUCAUCCUUCAUCCAAAUGAUCUGUGCUUUGUAGCUCUGGAGCUUUCCAACCCUAAGCUGGUCGCGAUGUGUUGUACCUCUAGAUGGACUUUAUUUACGUGGGUGAGCUUGCUGCUGUCUUCCUGAACCUGUGUAAAAACUUUCAGCAUCCACAGUGUUUUGUGUUGGGAAUUUUUGCAGUGUAUUUCACAUAAAGGAGGGCCGAAUCCUGCCGGCUGCUGUCUCAUCCUUGUGAGGGAGGUCCUGAUGUUACCUCUGUCUUCCCAAUGCAGUGCUUUUUUUGGAGCAAAGGGGUGCAUUCUGGUAGUUCCUCACCCAAAAUCCAUUCCAUACAUGAUAUCACAGCAGUGGAGGUGACCAGAUCUAUUAGAACAAGCUAGCUGAGGGAUGCUUCUUCCAAGUAACAAAUUGUGCCAGUGGAGUUUUAGAUUGGAUAUUAGAAAAAGUUUCUUUAUGAAAGAGUGGUGAAGAACUGGAAAAGGCUACCCAGAGCAAUGUUGGAGUCUUCGUCUCUGGAGGUGUUCACAGAAUGUGCAGAUGUGGCACUUCAAGGCAUGGCUUAGUUGUCAUGCUGAUGUUGGACUGAUGGUUGGACUGGAUGAUCUGGGAGGUCUUUUCCAACCUUAAUGAUUCCAUGAUUCUAUGAUGAAAUAUGAUAUAGAGGGUUUGCUGGCUUCAAUCACAAGGGUUGGUUUGUUUUUCCUUGGUUGCAUCCCAGUGCUUUUUUUGAGGUUUGGUUAUUCUGAUCCAUGAAUGGACAUGCAUGAAACAGGAGCGUGAUCGCUGAACUUCAUCUCGUGUUGCCAUUCACGGUUCUGUAAACAGGAUGUUUUUUAAGCGCCCUGGGAUGCCAUCGGGAGCUCGCAUGCCCCAUCAGGGGGCUCCCAUGGGUCCCCCUGGGGCCCCAUAUGUCGGAAGCCCCUCAGUGCGACCUGGGCUGCCCCAGACGGUGAUGGAGACAACACGGAAGCGCACUGCCCCACAGCAGGUCCAGCAGCAGCAGGUCCAGCAGCAAGUGCAACAGCAGCAGCAGGCCACCCAGAACCGCACUCGGAGUGCCAAGAGGAGGAAGAUGGCUGACAAAAUUCUCCCUCAGAGGAUCCGGGAGCUGGUUCCUGAGUCCCAGGCCUACAUGGACCUGUUGGCCUUUGAACGCAAACUAGACCAGACCAUUAUGCGGAAGCGUGUGGAUAUUCAGGAAGCGCUGAAGAGGCCGAUGAAGCAAAAGCGGAAACUGAGACUUUACAUCUCCAACACUUUUAAUCCUGCAAAAUCUGAUGCUGAUGACUCUGAUGGCAGCAUUGCUUCGUGGGAGCUGCGAGUGGAGGGGAAGCUCCUGGAUGACCUCAGCAAACAGAAACGGAAGUUUUCAUCCUUUUUUAAGAGUUUGGUUAUUGAACUGGACAAAGAUCUAUACGGACCUGACAACCACCUGGUGGAGUGGCACAGAACUCCCACAACCCAGGAGACAGAUGGCUUCCAGGUGAAAAGACCUGGUGAUGUCAGCGUGCGGUGCACAUUACUUCUUAUGUUGGACUACCAGCCUCCGCAGUUUAAGCUGGACCCACGGUUAGCACGGUUGCUGGGGAUCCACACACAGACGCGAUCGGCCAUCAUCCAGGCGCUUUGGCAGUACAUCAAAACAAAUAAGCUGCAAGACUCCCAUGACAAGGAGUACAUCAACUGCGACAAGUACUUCCAGCAGAUCUUUGACUGUCCACGGCUAAAGUUCUCUGAAAUUCCACAGAGGCUCACUAACCUGCUGCUCCCGCCAGACCCUAUCGUGAUAAACCACAUCAUCAGUGUUGACCCCAACGACCAGAAGAAGACGGCUUGUUAUGACAUAGAUGUAGAAGUUGAAGACCCCUUAAAGGGACAGAUGAGCAGUUUUCUUCUCUCAACAGCAAACCAACAGGAGAUUACAGCACUGGACAACAAGAUUCAUGAGACAAUCGAAUCCAUAAAUCAGUUAAAAAUACAACGUGAUUUCAUGCUGAGUUUCUCCAAAGAUCCCAAAGGAUACAUCCAAGACCUUCUCCGGUCCCAAAGUAGGGAUCUUAAGGUGAUGACUGAUGUUGUGGGAAACCCGGAGGAAGAGCGCAGAGCUGAGUUUUAUCAUGAGCCGUGGUCUCAAGAGGCUGUGAGCAGAUAUUUCUACUGCAAGAUCCAGCAGCGCCGGCAGGAACUGGAACAAUCUCUGGGAGUACGCAACACAUAAGUACUGCUUACAAGAUCCCGUUGGCAUCAUGAUCAGCAAACCAGUGGACUUUUCAGUGUUACUUAGCUCACUGUUACACAUGGACCUGCUUCCUGACUGGUGGAGAAUAUACCAUCAACAUGUCAGUCAGAACACCAGCUUUAGAGCGACCCUUGAAAUCUUGCCCAUGGGGGGUGUCCCAGACCAUCCUGGGCCAGAGACAGUGCCGUACAAGUGUCAGUGUUAAAGAAGAUUAAAGGUUCAUUCAUCAACGCACAUCAUUACGUUUUAGCAGAAAGUUCAGACACUACACAGCAAAUCGUAACAGGCUCUGCAUAGAAUCCUGGGUGGCACUGAUGGGGAAGGUUGAGAUGGGUGUUACAGGAGAGUGCAGAUCUAGAGAAAUAAAUGCAGUUCUCAUCCUGUGUUGCCCAACAGUCUCAAGUAGUAACUUCUCUGGAGUUAGACAAGAUAGUCUUUCCUAUAGCUGUGGAAUGCUUUCUAUUCCUGAAUAGAGUUUUUAAUUCCAGCUGGAGCAAUGCAAGAAGCCAACUCACCACAUGAAAGAAGCUAGGAGGAUUUUUCAUUCCUGGAAUGAAGACCCCCUCUGGAAGAAAGAAGUAUAGUCAGGGCAUUUCUUCUACCAACUCCAGUGCUUUCUCUUUCCCUUGCCCCUGCAGUGGAAGGUAGACCGAAAUGGGUCUCUCUAGAUGGUUAUGAUCAAUGCGCGGUACUGAGAGGAAGAGAAUAAUCCCAGAGAUAAGAGCUUCUUUGGCAUCCUUAGUAUCAGUGAGGCUGAAGCAAGAAAUGAGGCAUUCUGAGAAAAUGAAAAUGACUUAGUGGUGCUUUGCUGAUACCUGCCUUGAGUACAGCAGGUAUUUACAAGUAAAAUACAAGAUUCCUUAAAUGUUCCUCUGUGGCCAGUAGGGAUCAGCAAUGAAAAGAACCCCCUUGGUAGUUAAGUUGGUGCUGAAACCAAGAAGCUUAACUUCAUAUAAAGUUGCAGUUUUCUCUUUCCUUCAGGAUGUCAGCAGUCUCUCAAUUGGCCUCACACCUUGAUCCUAGGUGAACUACCUCUUACUAUGAAUAUUUAUUUCCCCUGUGUGUGAUGCAUACUGGUUAUGUAGGAUUCUGUCGAGUUACAAAGCACUAUCAGCCUUAACUAGCACAGAGAGCGUAUCCCUUGGAAACCAUCUUCUUUGUAAGUGUACGACAAAUUCAGACUGUGGGAAUUUAUAGGAUAACUACUUGGAAGGAGGGACAGUAUUAAAUUCCUCCCCCUCAUUUUCUGUAGUGCAUGGACUAGUUUGUCAUUAAUGGUCCAACAUGAUUUCUAGUCCAACAAGCAGCUGCCAAAGUAUAACUCUGUCCAGACGAUGAGGCACUCAGAAUCCUCUACUCAGUUUCUCCUUUUCAACUCCUUUCUUUCAGUUUCUUGGAAAGAGAAUGAAAUUCACACAUGGUACAGAAGGUAGGUCUUCUGAAUGACAUAUUUUGCUGCAGUAGUGUCCUUUUCUGCUGCCUUUGCCAGGUUUUUUCUUAGUUGAACUAAAAGGUUUAUUCUGUCCUGUUACAGGAAGAGUCUUCUCUACCACCCUUUAUUUAAUACCUCUGCCUUCACACUAAUUGUGCCAUAGCUUUUACUGAGUCCAUUGUUUUCAGAGAUACCUUAGUAAAUUCACAUUUGAUUACAGUCACAGGAUGGCAGUACCAUCAUGCAAAACCACUGAGGUAAGAAAAAGCACAGUUAAGCCUCUUUGCCUGAGGCCUUUUACAGGGAAUGGCCUCAUUUGGAAUUUUUUUGUCUUAAAACCUCUUUUUAUAGUAAAACAGGAAAUCCUGCAGUCUUAAACUGCAUAUAGGCAGGGUCUGUGAGGCUGCCAGACAGCAAAUGACUUGAAAUCUUAUUGACUUCCAGACACCGUUAGUAGGACAAGAAGCAAGCAUUAGUAGGGAAAGCAGUUGGGGUCAUUGGCUGCUGUGAUUCCAUAUUUAUUACGCUGCUGUGUUGGUUGUGUGCAUGUGCUGUCCAGUGUGUAAAACUUUUCUGUAUGUGGUAAACAGAGCAGCUACAUUUAGGGAAUGCAUUCAGUCUCCGGGAAUAAGGAAAGCAGAGAAAGAUAGGCAAGGAUGUGAGAAGGGCAUAGAACUGGGAUAGAUGCCUGCGGGAUGUCUGCCAGCGAAUCUUGUUUGUAUUUGUAUAGAGGAA